UUUUAUGUUAGUUAUUCGUUGCAUGAAGGAAUGGCUCUACAUGAUUUUAUUCCAGACGAGGGACACAUUGUAAACACGAAUAUGAAAAAUGUUACAUAUUACUUUCCAAAAGCUGUUGAAGCUGGUUAUUUUGCUUUCACUUCCAAAAUUGUUGAAGCUGCUGGACAAAGUAUAUUUAUAUUACAGAUCGAACUAUUAGGAUGUAAAUUUCAAACUACAUCUCCUCAGCCAUCUACAAUUCCAGAAACCUCGACCGAGUUCACAAGUGAAAGUACAGUUGCUCCAUGUAAUGAUAAACUUAAUAUCACCACAGAAAUUUAUCAGCUUGAAGAAAAUCAUACCUACAUACUGCAGAAGAUUAUACAUUAUUGCACUGGGAAAGAUGGAUGA